CUGGCUUGUGUUUAGUGUUUAAAACACACCACACCACACCACACACACACACACAACUUGCAAGUCAAAUAAGUUAACUCUCUCUGCUGACUUCCUCUAGACAUUGACCCUGGGGUUAAACUCUUAGGAAAAUGAUGCCUGGUUUUCCAUUCCCCUAAUUCCAAUCCCCACCAGCAAGCAAGUCCUUUCUCUGGGUAGAAGCUCACAAAGAAUUUCUCGAGAGAAUAUGUAGCUGCGUUGGCAACAAAAUCCUCUCUGCAAAAGGAGAAGAGAGAGUUGUUAACUAAUGAGUCAAUCCAGCUCUUAUAGCAGUUUAUCUUCGUGGUAUUUCCAAGAGCAUAAAUGUUAUUAAAAAAAAGAGAGAGAGAGAGAGAGAGAGACGGUCAUGACAGGAAGAACACAGUUGAGAAAAACAGGAACAUUGAAGCCAAAAGCAAUUUACUUUGCCAGUAACUGGUUACAUUUCCUUUGUUUUAUUAUUAUUAUUGCAAGAGCUGGGGUUGAGAUGAAAGUUUCCCACACCUGCACUGACACAUAACUUGUCAGGACUCAUUGUGAAGUAAAUCUAUAAAUGAGUGCCUGGGACUCUGAGUUCUAGACUCUAAGAAGAAAACAACACAAAACUUGUUUUGCUAUAUUGUCUUUAAAAAGAGACUAUAUUUCUUUAAUAUGUGAAGGAGUUAACAAAGAGAAAUAACAAAACAAAACACAAGGGCUAGAGGUCAAAGUGGCGUGGAGCAGAGUGGUGGCCGAUUCUUGUGGGAUUAACACCUAUCGAAAUAGCAGUGACUUCUCAAAGGUGAAUACUUGUUCAUUUCAUGUCACUGAGUAAGAGGAACAGAUGGGCAGUCAGAGAGGACUUUUUUUUUUUUAAACCACAGAAAUCUUUCACUGUUCGGGCAGACGAGUCAGUGGCCCUCUGCAAGGAGAAAAUGAGCACGGUUCUCUAAGUUUUAUUGGAAGUCUGUGGCUUUGGUGGAAGUCCUGUUACCUACUGCUGAGUCAGGACUGGCCCAUGGGGACCCUGCUUGCUGUCAGUUCUGCAGGGUGCUGUUUGUUGCUUGGCAUGAGUUGCAUGCUAUGUAGUGUUCGGGAGUGUUCUCACUUGGGGAAAUCUCCUUGGUGAUUACCAGCCCAAGUUAAUAAUAUAAAUACCUCAUUAUGAGACUGAGUGUGUGUGUCUGUCUAUUAGAGAGAAGUUACUUAAAGCAGAGGCUCUGGAUAAAGUCCAAUUGCCUGGGCUGGAAUCCUUUUGGUAAUAACCUGUUAUACAACCUAAGACAAGUAAUGACAUCUCUUUCUCAGUUUCCUGGUCUGUAAAAUGGGAUUCAUAAGCGCACCUUCUGCUGGCUUGUUGUGAGUUAUAAAAGAGUUAUUGUGUGCAAAGUGCUGGCUGCUACAGAGAAAGUAGGUGCUCAGUAAGGAUCAGCUCUUAUUACGAUUAUUCAUGUAUGAUAUUAAAAAGAUUCAUGCAGAGAGCAUUGACUGAAUUCUGAGUGAGGCAGGCAGGGAUGGCUAGUGGGUUAUAUGCACAAAGAAAAAGUCAAAAGUAACUGCGUUUAUUGCUUCACGCGAUGUUUUUUUAAAGUAGAGCUGACUUGUUAGUUAUGCUGUUGGUAAGUGUAUUGCUGGCUUCCCACAGUAGCUUUGCUGGUAGAGAUCAGUCUCAUCUGAGGCACUGGAGCUGGUGUUAUUCUGGAGUCUGGGAUUUAGGUUCUAACGUAGCCCUUAGCUGUUGAGGGGCGGGGGGUACCAGUUUAGGUUGGUCCAGAACAGCUCUCCACCUGACCACUAUCAUACCACAAAACAUUUAUUUUCACUCACCUACCUAGCAAAUGAUUUCUUUUCUUGACCCUACGGGGCUCCAGAAAUGUUGCUCUCCCCAAAAGCCAGCCUCUCAAUCUCAAAGCAUCGCUGGGUUCUGUGGAUCCAAAAGACCUCGAAGUGUAUUAUGGGAGCUGGGACUUUGAACAUCUCCUCCUUAGGGCAUUCGCUCUUUGCAUGUGGGACAAGAUUCUGGCCCCCGUGAGAUGCCAGGCACAGUGGCUUAACAGUAGUCAGGAACAAAAGGCUGCAGGUUUUCUGUCUCAGUUCCCACUGGUUUAUGUUCCCAGAGUUCAAGGGUAAGUACUAAAGUCGAAGGGUUUCACAGGUGCCCAGUGUGACAGGUAUACACCUGGUCAGGUGGGCAGGCCCAGCUCCAGAAGAGACAAAGGAGAGACAUGUGGGCAUCCUUAUUUCCAUUAGUCUAUCGUUCAUUCAACAAAUCCAUAGUAUGCAAUGUCGCCUCCUGGGUGCGUGCUGGGGCGAAUGAGAGACGAAUCCGACCUGGCCCUGUCCUUAAGGACUCUCCGAUGUAGUAUAAUAACAAGCCACCAAACACAGCUCAAGUACAAAGAAUAAAGUACAAAGUGAUGAUACCCAGCCUAAGAGAAGGUCAGCAAAGGAGUUCAGAGAGCAGACUAAAAGAGGAAUUUGAGUCUGAGACUUGAGUGAUUGAUGGGAUUUAGCCAACAUACCUGAAAUAUCAGUGUACUGGCCUUACCAGGAACAAGAAGCUCUUUUCUCUAGAUCAGAUCCCACGCAGAGCUGAAGUUUGUGUGGCCAGAAUAUUAGGUCCUGGUGUAUUCUAAAUUGGUAAUUCUCAGAAUCUGCUGGGGAAGGACAUGUGCUUCUCUGGGUUCUGAAAACAGCUCAAAGAAUGGGGAAAACAGACCCGAUUUGGAGAUGACUUAUUGUCAGUUCCCGGAACCUUUGUCUUUAUUUAAAACAGCCUGUUUAAUGCAAGUUCUCUCUAUCUAAAAGGCCUUUGGGAUUUGAAAGCUUUUCUGGAAAUAAAUGCCUUUUAGGUUCAAAUGCUUUUUUUGCCAACAGGAACCAGUCUUAGAACAGAGGCGAUACUGUUUUGUUUCUUUCCGUGAACCGCCUCAGAUCUACCCCAAGUUUGUUUGUCAGCUUUCUGCGCUGCUAUUAUUUUGAUAAGGGGACAUGAAAGUACAUCCUUCCCCAGCGAUCAUUAAAGCUUAGCACUCGGGGCAGCUGUGGAAACACUUCUGUGCUGCACAGUCUCCAAACCCAGAGCCCACACCCUGGCUCCAGGCUGAGGACCGUGUCAGUCAUGGAAGGUGGCAUCACACUCCCGCAGGGGAGCAGGGGGUCAGGAUCCACGAGGCAGGCCAGAUGAAGUCACCAGCCCCGUGCAGGGAGGUGGAGAGAGCAGAGCCCUCUCUCUCUGCCAGUCUGGCAACUCCAGCAAAGUCCUCAGAGCUCAUCCCACACACUCGGUGCUAGUCACUGCUGUGUGUUUACAUGAGUAAUGAAGCUGCCGGGGGAGGGGAGUUGUAAGCCCAGCGCGGAGCUUCGCAGCUCUCAUUCGGAGGGAAGCUGAUAUCCAAACCGAGUCCAGCCCAGACUCCCUGGCCGUGGCGGGGAGCAGUCAGGCACACGCUGUAGCUUUCAUGAGCCCAGGCAUCGUCAGGCAGAUGUUUGUCGACUGGAAUGGCGCCAAAUCUUAAAGGCAGACCACGCAAAAAGAAACCGUGCCCACAGAGAAGAGAUUCAUUCAGUGCUGUUAAAGAUGCCAACAACAAUUCGGAUGGCAAAGCCAUUGCCAAGGUAAAAUGUGAGGCCAGGUCUGCCUUGACCAAGCCGAAGAAUAACCACAAUAACUGUAAAAAAGCCUCAAAUGAAGAAAAACCAAAGGUUGCCAUUGGUGAAGAGUGCAGGGCGGACGAGCAGGCCUUCCUGGUGGCACUUUAUAAAUACAUGAAAGAAAGGAAGACGCCGAUAGAACGAAUACCCUAUUUAGGUUUUAAACAGAUUAACCUUUGGACUAUGUUUCAAGCUGCUCAAAAACUGGGAGGAUAUGAAACAAUAACAGCCCGCCGCCAAUGGAAACACAUUUACGAUGAAUUAGGCGGUAACCCUGGGAGCACCAGCGCCGCCACUUGCACCCGCAGACAUUAUGAAAGAUUAAUCCUCCCAUAUGAAAGGUUUAUUAAAGGAGAGGAAGACAAGCCCCUGCCUCCAAUCAAACCUCGGAAACAGGAGAACAGUUCACAGGAAAAUGAGAAUAAAAUGAAAGUAUCAGGAACCAAACGCAUCAAACAUGAAAUCACUAAGAGCAAGAAAGAAAAAGAGAAUGCCCUGAAGCCCCAGGAUGCAUCUGAGGUUUCACCAGAGCAAGAGAAGGAGCAAGAGACUUCAAACCAGAAAAGCAUCACUGAGCCCGUCCCAGUGGCCGACGUGAAGAAGAAAACGGAAGGGUUCCAGGAUUUUGCAGCGAGGCCCCUGGUGUCUACAGCAGACCCAGAAAAGGACAACAAAACAGACCAAGGUGCCAGCAGUGAGAAGGUGGCGGAGGAGGUGGGGGAGAAGGGGCCCUCUCCUGCGCUGCCCAGUGCCCCUCCGGCCCCCGACAGGGACCCAGGGGCUGGCAAACAGGCUCUCACCUCCCCCAGUGCUCUUGUGGACUCCAAACCAGAACCCAAGCCCUGCUGCUUUACAGAGAGCCCCGAAAACGAGCCCCAAGACACGUCCUUCCCCGGCUUCCCCACCACGCAGCCAUCGCUGGCAAACCAGAGCGAGAUGGACGACGACAAGGUGCCCGCCAUGGCAGAUUACAUCGCCAACUGCACCGUGAAGGUGGACCAGCUGGGCAGUGACGACAUCCACAAUGCACUAAAGCAGACCCCAAAGGUCCUUGUGGUCCAGUCAUUCGACAUGUUCAAAGACAAAGACCUGACUGGGCCCAUGAAUGAGAACCAUGGGCUCAAUUACACUCCCCUGCUCUACUCAAGGGGCAACCCAGGCAUCAUGUCCCCACUGGCCAAGAAAAAGCUUUUGUCCCAAGUGAGUGGGGCCAGCCUCUCCAGCAGCUACCCCUACGGCUCCCCACCCCCUCUGAUCAGCAAAAAGAAACUGAUCGCGAGGGAUGACCUGUGCUCGGGUUUGUCCCAGACCCACCACAGCCAAAGCGCGGACCACACGGCAGUGAGCCGGCCGUCGGUGAUUCAGCACGUGCAGAGCUUCAGAAGCAAGCCCUCCGAGGACAGGAAGAGCAUCAGUGACAUUUUUAAGCAUGACAAGCUGAGUCGAUCGGAUCCCCACCGCUGCAGCUUCUCCAAGCAUCACCUCAGCCCCCUUGCUGACUCCUACGUGCUGAAGCAAGAGGUCCAGGAGGGCAAGGAGAAGCUGUUAGAGAAAAGGGCUCUCCCCCACUCCCACAUGCCCAGCUUCCUGGCCGAUUUCUACUCCUCCCCUCAUCUCCACAGCCUCUACAGACACACCGAGCAUCAUCUUCACAGCGAACAGGCAUCCAAGUACCCGUGCAGGGACAUGUACAGGGAAUCGGAAAAUAGUUCUUUUUCUUCCCACAAACACCAGGAAAAGCUCCAUGUGAACUAUCUCUCGUCUCUACAUCUGCAAGACAAAAAGGCGGCGGUAGCCGAAGCCACCACAGAUGACCAGCCAACAGAUCUGAGCCUUCCCAAGAACCCGCACAAACCCACCGGCAAAGUCCUGGGCCUGGCCCACUCCCAGGAGAGCAAAGGAGCGUCCCAGUUCCAGGUCAUCAACAGCCACAGUCGAGACUGUCACCCCAAGGCCUGUCGGGUGUCACCCAUGACCAUGUCGGCUCCUAAAAAAUACCCUGAAGCCCUCUCGAGGUCUGCAAAACCUCACCACGUGAGAUUGGAGAACUUCAGGAAGAUGGAAGGCAUGGUCCACCCCAUCCUGCACCGGAAAGUGAGCCCUCAGAACAUUGGUGCAGCACGCCCCAUCAAGCGCAGCCUGGAGGAUUUGGACCUCAUGAUCGCUGGGAAGAAGGCCCGGGCAGUGUCUCCUCUGGACCCGUCCAAGGAGGCCUCCGGGAAGGAGAAGGCCUGUGAGCAGGAGAGCGAAGGCAGCAAAGCGGUGCAUGGUGCGCAUGCUGGGGGGGUGUCAGAAGGCCACAAGCUGCCCCUCUCCUCCCCGAUCUUCCCAGGUUUGUAUUCUGGGAACCUGUGUAACUCGGGCCUCAACUCCAGGCUCCCAGCAGGGUAUUCUCAUUCUCUGCAGUACUUGAAAAACCAGACUGUGCUUUCUCCGCUCAUGCAGCCCCUGGCUUUCCACUCGCUCGUGAUGCAAAGAGGCAUUUUCACGUCGCCCACAAAUUCUCAGCAGCUGUACAGACACUUGGCUGCGGCCACACCUGUAGGAAGUUCAUAUGGGGACCUUUUGCACAACAGCAUUUACCCUUUAGCUGCUAUAAAUCCUCAGUCUGCCUUUCCAUCCUCUCAGCUGUCGUCCGUACACCCCAGUACGAAACUGUAAGCCCAGCUGUGCCCCGCAUCCCAAACGGUGUGGCGAAAAGCUUCGCUUCCUACGCUGGGGUGAUGGCUUGUAGAAUUAGAAGUCAGUAUUUCUUCUAAUUUGGGGGUUAAAUCAGUUCCAGCCAAAGCGGCCGAGAGGGGAGGUGAACAUACCUGAUUUUCCUGGGACGACACCAGCCAAGGCUGGCCAGUCUCGAGUCCCUUCCAACACAGACGCCCUCACAUCCCAGAUGGCUCACUUCGCUCGGGGGUCUUGUGGAGGGAUUUAUGCAUAUCCAGGAAGAACUUAGAGGACCCCGUCUGAGUUCCGAUGGUCAGGAAACAAUCUGGGCAAAAAAAGGGGCAGGCAUUUCAAAGGAAGGGGCAAGGAAGACUGGCAAACAUAUGCCAUGGGAGGGCCCUGUUUUCAUAAAACUCUCCAAGGUUCAAUCAAUGCAAUGUAUAGUGAAACUUCAAUAGAUCUUUUUGUUUUGACACUAUUGAACAAUCAGAGAAGUAAACACUGUUAAAUUGACUGUAUAUAUUUGCUUCUUAAAACUACCCGUAUCACUGUUUGCUCACCUAAUUUAUAUACAGGUAGUUCCAUUUUCUCCCGAUUCCUUCUUGUCCUUUUUUUUU